GCGAUGUAUAGGAAGUAACAGCUAGCUCUUCGCACCAGACCGAUGUGCUGGAAGGAAAAAGAAGCUUAUUAGAGGGGUGAAAGGCUGUCUUGUACCCUUGGAAGGCUACCUGGCUGUUAGGAUCUCGUGUACUCCUGAUAACCACCCCUACUUGUGAAAAAGGCAACAGGUUCACGAGAUGGCCUAGAUGAUGCCAGUGUCUCUGUUAUGAUUUUAUUAUCAAGCAUGUACGAUCUGGAACCAGAUUUAUGUGAAUAAAGAAGAACACCAGAAAUUAAACUUCCCUGAAGGACCUCCCUCUUCUGAUUCAUGAGCCAGCAGGAUGUGGUCGCUGUGCUUUCAGAACGCCUUCUUGUAGCUGCCUACAAAGGCCAAGUUGAUAAUGUGGUACAACUUAUCAACAAAGGUGCCAAGGUAGCCGUUACCAAGCAUGGAAGAACCCCAUUACAUCUUGCCGCUAACAAAGGGCACCUUAACGUAGUCCAGAUACUUCUGAAGGCAGGAUGUGAUCUUGACAUUCAAGAUGAUGGUCAUCAGACAGCCCUGCACAGGGCAGCAGUUGUAGGAAACAGUGACAUCCUUGCACUGUUGAUACAAGAAGGCUGUGCAUUGGACCGACAAGAUAAGGAUGGUAACACUGCUCUACAUGAAGCUGCCUGGCAUGGAUUCAGCCAGUCUGUCAAACUGCUUGUUAAAGCGGGUGCUAAUGUCCUUGCCAGGAACAAGGCAGGUAACACACCUCUUCACCUGGCGUGCCAAAAUGGCCACUCUCAGAGCUGCCGCAUUUUACUGCUUGCAGGAUCUCGGGCAGAUUUAAAAAAUAAUGUAGGAGAUACUUCCUUGCAUGUGGCGGCUCGUUACAAUCACCUGUCCAUCAUUAGAGUUCUACUCAGCGCAUUCUGCUCCGUCAAUGAAAAAAAUCAGGCCGGGGACACUCCACUUCAUGUUGCUGCAGCACUCAACCAUAGGAAAGUGAUCAAAGUUCUCCUGGAAGCAGGAGCUGAUGCCAGUCUUCUGAAUAAUGCUGGCCAGAUUGCCCUGGACACAGCAAGGCACAACAAUAACUGUGAUGUGGCUCUCCUGCUCACCAAGGCACCCCAGGUUCUGCGCUUUAGUCGUGGCAGAAGUUUAAGGAAAAAAAGAGAGAAACUAAAAGAGGAGAGACGGGCUCAAUCUGUGCCCCGAGAAGAACUUGGAGAGAGUAAGGGAAGUAUAUCAGCAGCUGAUGAUACUCAAAGCAGCGAACAUGCGGCUUUCAAACAAACUGAAGGGAAAGAUGAGCAUCGAUCCGCUGUCACAGUGUCUAAACAAAGGAAAGGCAGAAGGGGAAAGCCAAAAGAAAAGGUACCACAUGUCUCUGCUCUUUCAGACCCUACAUCUCCAGCAGACCAACAGCCCCUCUCCAGUGUCCAGUUGGCCAGUCAUAAUCAUAGACGAAGGAGCAAACACAGAGCUUCUUCUCCAACUUUACCUCCUCAUGAGGCCAGGGCAUACCAACUUUACACUUUAUACAGGGGGAAAGAUGGCAAAGUCAUGCAGGCCCCAAUCAAUGGAUGUCGCUGUGAACCACUCAUUAAUAAGCUGGAGAAUCAAUUGGAAGCCACCAAAGAGGAGAUAAAAGCCGAGAUUGUUACAGUGCAGGAUCAAGUGAAUGCAAAACUAGGACAAAUGGAUGGCAAAACCCAGCACCAGCUUCGGGUUCUAGACAAGCUGAUGAUUGAAAGGAUGUCCGCAGAAAGGGCUGACUGUAUUUGCCGUCUUCAACAGCAUACAGAUGUACAGAAAAACGAAACUGAAAAACGUCAGGUUUCUGUUGUGAAUGAACUGAAAACGUGGUGUAUGCUAAAAAUUCAGACUUUGGAGAUGAAACUUUCUGGAGAAUCUAGACAACUCAAGGCAAAAUCAUCUCAGUCAACCUGUGAGUCAGUAGAUAACCCUGUUUCUGAAAGUCAUUGCAGUAAUAAAGAUUGUAACAGCACUGAAGCAUCAGUCCUUCCUCAGUCCUCUACGCAACUUUCCUAUGCCACCCAGAGCAGCUUAUUUGAUGAAGCGGGAAAGGAGCCAGUCAGUUCCAUAGAAGACAGCAGCCAAAAGAUUUCCCAACCUGAAUCAAAUCCAUGUACAACCAUGGAACAGCACUCUGUAGCUGCUGCCCCUCCAGUAGUGAGACCCAAGGAAAAAAUAUUGAGCUGCCCUCAUGUUUGCCAACUACAGCAGCGUCUGUCUGCAUGCAACCAGCCAGGUUCAAAACAGAAGCAUCCUAAAGCAGCCUUCACCCUGAAGCCCUCAACAGAAACCAAGAAAGCUGAAAAACUAAACAGGAAUCUCAUGGAUCGAGGCACUCAGACAAGGAAAUGUGCAAAAAAUGGUCAAGGGAAACAGCGAGUUCAAAUCCCUGCCCAACACCAUCAGCCUCCUUCCAGUAUUGGAGAGCAGGGAGUAUCAAAUACCAGAGACACAUCACAAGCUCUGGAAAUUACUCAAUAUUUUUUUGAGGCUGUAUCCACUCAGAUGGAAAAGUGGUAUGAGAGGAAAAUAGAAGAAGCCAGAUCACAAGCCAAUCAGAAGGCUCAGGAAGAUAAGGAUGCCUUGCAGGAACACAUACAAAGCUUAGAAGAAGAAUUAAUGAAGCUAAGAACAAAAUUGCAGAAAGAUAGCUAGCAUCAACUCUUUCGG